AUGACGGAUUCAGUACGAGAAAUGAUGAAGGGCUUACCCGUCCAUAACCGCAAGUUCUCGAUGAAUCGGAACACUGGUACUCCUAGGCCGUCGACCAAGGCGGCGAGACGCUUCAGUACCCAUGAUCCGAGUGCGAACGAAACCAACUCAACCAUCCACAAGCAAUUCCGAAAUGCCCACGAAGGCCACCGCCCUCACGCUGGCCUUGAUCCCACCCGUGCCUCCACAGGUGUCAUCUGGUGUACCGAGCGGGCCUACGAGCAUGGCUUUCUCGAGGAACCCGAGCUCUGGGCCAACCUCGGUCAAGGCGCCCCCGAAGUGGACGACGAGAUUGAGGGUUCCUUCGAGCGCCCCAACAACAUCGACAUCACCAUGGCGGGCCGCGAGUACGGCCCUACCGCCGGAAUCAAGAGCCUCCGGGCUGCGGUCGCGAACCUGUAUAAUGUGCAUCACCGCCAGGGCAAGAAGAGCCAGUACAGCUGGGAGAAUGUGUGCAUUGUGCCUGGAGGCCGCGCGGGCCUGAUCAGGAUCGCGGCAGUGCUCAAUAACGCGUAUCUGGGAUUCUUUAUCCCGGACUACACUGCCUACAACGAGAUGUUGUCGCUGUUUAAGAACUUCGCAGCUAUUCCCUCCCCGUUGUCUGAGGAAGAUGAAUACCACAUUCACCCAGACAAGAUUGCGGACGAGAUUGCCCGCGGUACGUCCGUCAUCUUGACUUCGAACCCGCGUAAUCCCACUGGCAAGGUCGUGAAGAAUCCCGAGCUGGCCGAGAUUCAAGACAUCUGCAGAGAUAGGGCGACGUUGGUUAUGGAUGAGUUCUAUGGCGGGUACAACUACACGAGUAACUGUGAUGGCACCACGAUCAGCGCGGCAGAGAAUGUGGAUGAUGUCGAUGAGGACGACGUGUUGAUCAUAGAUGGCCUUACAAAGCGCUUCAGACUUCCGGGCUGGAGAAUCGCUUGGAUUAUUGGACCCAAGGAAUUCAUCCAAGCCAUCGGCUCCUGCGGCUCCUACCUCGACGGCGGUGCCAACGUACCCUUCCAGGAAGCCGCUAUCCCCAUGAUGGAGCCCAACAAGGUCCGCACCGAGAUGAAAGCCCUGCAGCUCCACUUCCGGGAGAAGCGCGACUACGUCGUUGAGCGCCUGCGGAAGAUGGGUUUCAAAAUCAACACCGUCCCCGACUCCACAUUCUACCUGUGGCUCGAUCUGGAAGGUCUCCCUGAUCAGAUCGCCGACGGGCUGAACUUUUUCCAGGCUUGUUUGGAAGAGAGGGUUAUUGUGGUCCCGGGUAUCUUCUUUGAUCUGAACCCGAGUAAGCGGAGAGAUUUGUUCGACAGCCCUUGUCACCAUUUCGUGCGAUUCUCAUAUGGGCCGAAGAUGGAGACGUUGAAGAUGGGCCUGGACGGGAUCGAGAGGGUGGUGAAGAAGUAUGCGACUGUCGAAUCUGAUUCCGAGUAA